AUGGGGGGGAGGAGCAGCCCCCCCGCGCGGCAGCCUCUGUCUCUGCAUCUGUGGUCACGCACUGACCCCACGCGCACGAGCAGAGAACUGCACUGGGUCCAGAGUCUCCACACCAGAUGUCAGUCACUCAUGUGCAUCACGAGACUCACACGACGUCCGUCUUCUAAAGGAGACGACAUCGACUCAAUUCCUGCUCCUGUUGCCAACGAUCCCCCAUCCCCUCCUCCCUCCCCCCUCCUCCCGUAA